AGAUUUGUAAACAGUUUAUUCGGAGAAAUUCCUCACAAAGAUUUUUUUUUGUUAUUAUCACUCGCAAAUUUCUAUUAAAUCUAAACAAAGGAUGAUGUAAUAUAAGAAGAUUGCUGCUCUCAUUUUUGAGAGUUUAAUCGAUCCUUAUAAUUGUAUACUUUUCUCACACUUCAACCUGGCUGAAGCGGAGUCCGAUCCCAAAGGGAUGUCGCGAGUCAGGCACUGACCGCAAUGUUAUUGGUUAUUAUCAUGUCCCACCGAGAAACUGAGAUCUUCCCAAUUGAAUUAGGAAAGGAUUUUUUGAGGGCACUGGUGAAGAGAGUAUAAUUGUGAACACGUAGUAGUCUGACCGUUGGAUACGACAAAUAUAUGGUUUUGUUCUAACACCACAUCGUGCUCUGACCGUCGAAUAUAAUUAUCGGCUGUGACAUUAUGAGAGACCUAACUCUUUUAUAGACCGCACGUGUAAUUGCACUAAUGCAGUCCAGUCAUGUUUAAGAACUAUAUCACGACAUCUAUCGAAAGAUUAUUACACAAUAGCACUAAAACUGUACCGUAUAUCGAUGACAUUGAAUAUGAAAGCAUUUCAACAAAAUGUUGAUCAAGAAAAAUCGACGACAGAAAGAGAGAAUAAGCAGAAAGAAUUAAUCCAAGAAUUAUCGAAUUCCGAGCCGAAAUAUAAAUGGAAUAUUGUUUGGAAAAAUGUGAUUGUAUUUAUCUAUUUUCAUCUUGGAGGUAUAUAUGGAUUUUAUCUUUGGACUAACGGAAUCAAGACAUAUACAAUUUUAUGGUCAAUUUUCGUGGAAUUUUUUGCCAUCAUGGGCAUUACAGCUGGAGCCCAUAGAUUAUGGUCACAUAGAAGUUACAAAGCGAAAUGGCCCUUACGUUUAGUGUUGAUGCUUCUUCAAACAACAUCUUAUCAGAAUCACAUUUAUGAAUGGGUAAGGGAUCAUAGAGCUCAUCACAAAUUCACUGAUACUGAUGCGGAUCCUCAUAACUCCCGACGAGGAUUUUUUUUCUCUCAUAUAGGUUGGUUAAUGGUCCGAAAGCAUCCGGAUAUAUUUAAAAAAGGUGCUACUAUUGAUUUAAGUGAUUUGGAAAAAGAUCCUAUUGUCGUUUGGCAAAAAAGAUUGUAUGUCGUGCUGAUGCCCCUUUUGUGCUUUGUGAUCCCUACAUGGGUACCCUACUAUUUUUGGAAUGAAAAAUUUACAUAUUCCUGGUACAGCAAUUUAGCAAGAUACGUUUUUUCUUUGAACGUAACAUGGAUGGUAAACUCUGCUGCUCAUAUAUGGGGCAUGAAACCAUAUGACAUGAACAUUUGUCCAGUAGAAAACAAAAUUGUAUCUAUAUUUGCAUAUGGUGAGGGAUGGCAUAAUUAUCAUCAUGUAUUCCCGUGGGACUAUAAAACUAGUGAAUUUGGUACCUAUAAUACCAAUUUUACCACUGCGUUCAUCGAUUUCUGUGCUCGAUUGGGAUUGGCAUACGACUUGAAAACUGUUCCCGAUGAAGUAAUUAGAAAACGAGCAGCUAGAACUGGAGACGGAUCGAGAUAUGAUAAAAAGGAAGCUGUUCAUUACUACAAUCUCGAAGAUAUGAAAUGGGGUUGGGGCGAUGUAGAUAUGAAGCCUGAAGAAAUCCAGGAAGUCAGCGUAUACCAUAAGAGUGAUUAAUCAAUCGCUUUAUUGAUAUUAUUAGAUGGUAUAAAUGAAUGAUCGAUCUUCUCGCAGAUGAGAAUAAUUAUUAAUUGAGAAGAUUGAUAAUUAAUUUUUUACAAUGUUUUAAUAUAUUAUAAUAUAUUAUAUUAUAUAUGUAUUAUAAUACGUUAUAAUGUAUUAUAAUAUAUUAUUAUUAUUAUAAAUAUUAUUAGUAGUUUGUCAUUAUAUCUAUAAAAGUUGGUUCUUUGAUUGAUAUAGUCUGAUUAGUAGUUGUUGAUAGUCUGAUUUUUAAUUUUAAUUGAAUUUUUCGUAAUUUUGAUCAUUUAUUAAAAAUUCAACAAACUUAACAAAAUGAAUAUAAAUUUGAUUCGAAUGACAC